AACGCCUCACACACACAGACACCUCUCUCUCUCUCUCUCUCCUUCCUUCUUCCUCCCGCCUCCCCUCCAUCCUCCGCUAGCUAGAGACAGAGGAUACAUACAAAGUGUGGCUGGCAAUGGCGCGGUGCUUGGUUUUCAUGGUGUUCCAGAUAUACUGCCUCAUCUCGACGGUUGGCCUGCCGCUGGAGCCGGCGGAGCUGCUGCAGCUCGGCGGCGACGUGGGCAGCGGCCGCCUCAGCACCGACCCGGCCGACGUCCUGGAGGCGUCCCGCGACUUCGGCGGGUUCACCCGGGGCGAGCCCUUGGCGGUGUACCACCCGAGCGGGGCCGGCGACGUCGCGGCGCUGGUCCGGGCGGCGUACGGGUCGGCCCGCGACAUCCGCGUGUCGGCGCGCGGCCACGGGCAUUCCAUCAGCGGGCAGGCGCAGGUGCCCGGCGGCGUGGUCGUGGCCAUGAGCCGCGGGGGCAAGUCGCAGCCGCAGGCGCGCGCAUUGCCGGUGUACUCGCCGGAGCUGGGCGGGCACUACGUGGACGUGUGGGGCGGCGAGCUGUGGAUCGACGUGCUCAACUGGACGCUGUCGCACGGCGGGCUGGCGCCGCGGUCGUGGACCGACUACCUCUACCUGUCCGUGGGCGGCACCCUCUCCAACGCCGGCAUCAGCGGGCAGGCGUUCCACCACGGGCCCCAGAUCAGUAAUGUCUACGAGCUCGACGUCGUAACCGGGAAGGGAGAGGCGGUGACCUGCUCGGAGGCGAAGAACCCGGAGCUCUUCUUCGGCGCGCUGGGCGGGCUGGGGCAGCUGGGGAUCAUCACCCGCGCUCGCAUCGCCCUCGAGCCUGCUCCCCGCAAGGUUCGCUGGAUCCGGGCGCUCUACUCCAACUUCACCGAGUUCACGGCGGACCAGGAGCGGCUCAUCUCGCAGUCGCAGCACGGCCGCCGGUUCGACUACGUGGAGGGCUUCGUGGUGGCCGCCGAGGGCCUCAUCAACAACUGGAGGUCCUCCUUCUUCUCGCCGCAGAACCCGGUGAAGCUCAGCUCGCUCAAGCACCACACCGGCGUGCUCUACUGCCUCGAGGUCACCAAGAACUACGACCACGACUCAACCGCCGGGACCGUUGAUCAGGAGGUUGACGCGCUGCUGGGCGACCUGAACUUCCUCCCGGGCACGGUGUUCACGACGGACCUGCCGUACGUGGACUUCCUUGACCGCGUGCACACGGCGGAGCUGAAGCUGCGCGGCAAGGGCAUGUGGGAGGUGCCGCACCCGUGGCUGAACCUGUUCGUGCCGGCGUCGCGCAUCGCCGACUUUGACCGCGGCGUCUUCCGCGGCAUCCUCGGCAGCCGCACCUCCGGCGGGCCCAUCCUCAUCUACCCCAUGAACAAGCACAAGUGGGACCCCAGGAGCUCGGUGGUGACGCCCGACGAGGAGGUGUUCUACCUGGUGGCGUUCCUGCGGUCGGCGCUGCCGGGCGCGCCGGAGAGCCUCGAGGCGCUGGCGCGGCAGAACCGGCAGAUCCUCGACUUCUGCGACGACGCCGGGAUCGGGGCCAAGCAGUACCUGCCCAACCACAAGUCGCAGCCCGACUGGGCGGCCCAUUUCGGGGAGAAGCGCUGGGCGCGGUUCGCGGGCCUCAAAGCCCAGUUUGACCCGAGGGCCAUGCUGGCCACCGGGCAGGGCAUCUUCCCGCCGCCGCCGCUCCUGUCCGAUUCUUGAGAAUGAAUGGCAGGACCGCUUAACAUGACAUUCAGGAAGCUAGCUUAGGUGUAUGUAUGUAUGUAACUGGCCAUCACAGAGAGCAGCAGGAUUAGGUAGUGUGCAUGGAGGUGUAUAGAAGAUGUCCGUUGGUGUCAUGUAUGUGGCGCGCAUUGUCAGCUUAACUCUGAAUCGGUUGGUGAUGUACAGAGGAAUGCGUCGCGUCCAUGCAACUAUGUAGUCACAUCUUUUGUGCUGUGUUGUGCUGGUAAAAAAACAGUUUUUCACCUCA